AUGGUCUACAUGCAGGAUUCCGAGAUUGAUCCCAAGAGUGUUACCUGGGUUUGCUGCGCUCUGCCUCGCAUUGCAGGCGCAGCGAUAAGGGUGUGUUGUGAACUACGCGGGCCCGAAGAUGCGGUGUGCGUCCGGCAAGUGCGUGUGCUCAGUAUGCCCGCGCCCCACCCCACCAGCGCGCUGCCCUCGCACGCGCUGCAGUCUCUCGUGGAGCAGGACACGUUGCGUGUGUUCCGCUUGCUCACUUUACAGCGGCCAAGAAGAUUGCCUGUAGCACGUGAAAAGGAAGUGGAAACCAUGAUUGAGGGAAUGGUGAAGGAUGGUGUUAUUGAACCUUCAUCUAGUCCAUGGCGUUCACCUGUGGUGCUGGUAAAGAAGAAGGACGGCAGCAUGCGGUUUUGUGUUGAUUACCGCCGCCUAAAUGACGUUACGAAGAAGGACAGCUAUCCCUUGCCAAGAAUUGAGGACAUGCUGGACAUGCUUACAGGCGUAAAGUGGUUUAGUACGCUGGACCUGAAAAGUGGCUACUGA